AUGACACACAACAUUUUCUUCCGUAAAACCAAUGUAGUGUUUGGCACUGAGGCAUACUUGCCAGGUGGUACGACCGGAAGCUUAUUGUCGUGGGUAACUCGCACACCUGACACUGUAAUUGAUGGUCAAGCUAUAGUCGAUGGACCAACUGCUGUUCCGGCCCAACUUAUGCCACGGUUUGUGUCUACUCAGCUGUCAGAGGCACUCCCUCAAGUAGCUCCAGUGCCCGAACAACAGCACACUGUCACAAGAAUUCGCGUUCGCGUAGGAGGAGGGCAAACGAACCUCACAGAAACGAGGGCUGGCCAAAAACGCCAUGCAGUAGACUCUACUGUGGAGCCCAAGCUCCCACGUGUAGGUGUCGACAACCCCACCGACACCAUUAUUAGUGCAGAAAUUGUAGACGACGAAAUGCUCGGUGCAAACGAUCUUCCACCACAUUUGUUUGAGCCCCUAGAGCAAUCUCAAUGCGGACAAAGACGUAACUCCGUCGAACGGUUUACUGCAUUCACUAACAGUUUACCCGUUUUCCACUGCUCUGUGUGCUGUGUGCUAAUGUACCAAACUGAAACAGUGUUUGUUGCAUCACCAGAGUCAGAAACUAGUGUUCCUUGUACAACAUGGGGUGUAGCACCGAUCAUUUACGAAGAGGGCCAUUUCGCAGUCUGCAGUAACCACAGCACAGAGGAAACGGUGUGGUCAAAUCCCCACGGAUUUCCCGCUCUAGUAGACAGCACUACAAACACGUUAAACUACCGUGAAUUGUCGUGCUUGUCCCCGAUAAAACUGCUUUGCACGAUCGGAUGCAACUCGUCCGUCAACCGCUCGGUAAUGGGCCACUACCAAUUAAACGGAAACGUCUCCGGACGGUAUAAUUACGAUUUUUCCGGAUACGUCUUUGCAGGCACUCUCGAAAUUAGCUACACAGUCGAAGAGCAUGAUUCAGGCUUUAUACGUACUGACCAACCCUUGAUCGAACUACUAUAA